AUGGAAUCUCAUGCCUCCAAUUCUAACUAUCAUUCUAACCAUGACAGCAACAACAACCACCACCACCACCCUCGGUUCAAACCGAGCCAACCCAUCUCAGACCGAAUAGUCCGCGCCCUCCGCCACCGUCUCCGCCUCCUCCACCGUGCCGGCUCCACCUUCUUCAUAUUCGGCGCCACCGGAAACGUGUACACGGUCACCCUCUCCUCCACACCCUCAUGCACCUGCCCUGACCGUACAACCCCAUGCAAGCACAUUCUCUUUGUUUUCAUUCGAGUCUUGGGCGUGUCCCUCGAUGAUGUGUGUCUGAGGAGGAGGACUCUUCGUCCCUGCCAGCUCCAACGCCUCCUAGGCACGCCAACGUUGCCGGAGGCAGUGGCGGGUGGCACCCUCCGGCAGAGCUUCCACCAACUCUUCUUUCGUGGAAAGUCAACGAAGCCAAAUAUAGAGAUGGAGGAGGGCGCCACCUGCCCCGUUUGCCUUGAGGAAAUGGGGAAGGAGCAAAACCUGGUUGCAUGUGGGACAUGCCGUAACCCUAUUCAUGAAGAGUGCUUGAUGAGGUGGAAGAGAACACGGGGAAGAAGAACAACUAGUUGUGUGAUUUGUAGAGCGAGGUGGAGGGAUAGGGUGGAGCAGGAUAAGUAUCUGAACCUGUCUGCGUAUGUUAGUGAAGAUGACAUGGGAGAACCUGGUGGAGGACUCUGCACUGGCUGA